AAAACUUGUUUAGGACUCAGGAUUCUGCUAGGAACUCUCACUCAAUUUACCAAAUUAACAAGCUUGUCUUCUUUGGGAUAUUUGAGACAGUUGGGUUUUAGGCAGAUUACUGACCUCAAUUUUGCUAGCUGAGAAAUGGAUAUCAGUAAUGAGGUUAGCGUUGUUCCAUUCUCAAGUGGACCGUUUACAAUCAUUGGCCGGACUAUUGCUUUUCGAAUCUUGCUCUUUAAGUCGAUGUCGCAGUUCAGGCAGCAGAUCUUUGAUGUUAUGAGGAAUUAUCUUCGGCGAUUUAGGGAUUACAUGAGACCACUAAUCUCCUGGUUACAUCCCAAAAAUCCUCAAGGGAUAUUAGCAAUGAUGACACUCAUAGCUUUUUUGCUCAAAAGAUACACUAAUGUUAAACUGAAGGCUGAAUUGGCUUACCGAAGGAAAUUCUGGGGAAAUAUGAUGAGAACUGCUCUAACAUAUGAGGAAUGGGCUCAUGCAGCUAAGAUGCAUGAUAAGGAGACACCAAAAAUGAACGAAUCAGAUCUCUAUGAUGAGGAACUGGUCAGGAAUAAGCUUCAGGAGCUACGGCACCGUCGCCAGGAGGGUUCUCUUAGAGAUGUAAUCUUUUGGAUGCGCGCAGAUCUGGUCAGAGAUCUAGGUAAUAUGUGCAAUCCGGAACUUCACAAGGGUCGCCUUCAGGUUCCCAGGCUCAUAAAGGAGUACAUUGAUGAGGUCACCACUCAGCUGAGAAUGAUAUGCCACUCGGACUCUGAGGAGCUGCUCUUGGAAGAGAAGCUUGCAUUUAUGCAUGAGACAAGACAUGCCUUUGGGAGGACGGCGUUGCUCUUGAGUGGUGGUGCAUCCCUGGGAUCUUUUCAUGUUGGUGUGGUGAAGACUCUUGUUGAACAUAAACUUUUACCCCGGAUAAUUGCAGGUUCUAGUGUGGGAUCAAUUAUGUGUUCAAUUGUUGCCACUAGGUCUUGGCCUGAGCUUCAAAGUUUCUUUGAAGAUUCUUGGCACUCACUAAAGUUUUUUGAUCAGAUGGGUGGGAUUUUAACUGUUUUUAAGAGAGUUAUGACAAAAGGUGUAGUUCAUGAUAUAAGGCAGCUACAGAUGUUACUGAGACACCUCACUAGUAAUCUAACAUUCCAAGAAGCAUAUGACAUGACUGGUCGGAUUCUUGGGAUCACAGUUUGCUCCCCAAGGAAGCAUGAGCCUCCGAGAUGUCUUAACUACUUGACAUCACCUCAUGUUGUUAUAUGGAGUGCAGUGACUGCUUCUUGUGCUUUUCCUGGCCUGUUUGAGGCCCAAGAACUGAUGGCAAAGGAUAGAAAUGGUGCAAUUGUUCCUUAUCACCCGCCAUUUAAUUUGGGUCCUGAAGAAGGUCAAGGUGCACCAGUGCGCAGAUGGAGAGAUGGUAGCUUGGAGAGCGAUUUACCAAUGAUGCAGCUGAAGGAGCUGUUCAAUGUCAAUCACUUUAUUGUAAGUCAGGCAAAUCCUCAUAUUACACCCUUAUUGAGGCUAAAGGAGCUUGUGAGAGCUUAUGGGGGCAAUUUUUCUGCCAAGCUGGCUCAUCUUGCAGAAAUGGAAGUGAAGCAUAGAUGCAACCAGAUACUGGAACUCGGUUUUCCAUUGGGAGGACUCGCAAAGUUGUUUGCUCAGGAUUGGGAGGGUGAUGUGACUGUAGUUAUGCCUGCUACUCUUGCUCAGAUCUCGAAAAUUAUACAGAACCCAUCUCAUGCGGAGCUUCAAAAGGCUUCCAACCAGGGCAGGAGGUGCACCUGGAAAAAGCUCUCUGCCAUAAAAUCUAACUGUGGUAUUGAGCUUGCACUAGAUGAGUGUGUUGUAGUUCUUAAUCACAUGCGCAGGCUCAAAAGGAGUGCCGACAGGGCAGCUGCUUCACAAGGAUUAGGCAACACAAUUAGGUUGAAUGCUUCCAGGAGGAUCCCCUCGUGGAACUGCAUCGCAAGAGAAAACUCGACAGGGUCCCUUGAAGAAGAAAUCGUUUCUGAUGGUGGUGGACACUUGGGAGUGUAUUCAGGCCGGGACUUCCAUCUCCACCAUAAUAUGCACGACGGAAGUGAUAGUGAGUCAGAGAAUGUGGAUCUAAAUUCUUGGACAAGAUCUGGGGGGCCUUUGAUGAGGACUACAUCAGCGAAUAAGUUCACUGAAUUUGUAAAAAAUUUCGACAAUGAUGCAGAACAGAGCAACUCAUGUAUGAGAGAAGAUGACUUUAAAGGUUUGAUGGUUCAGCCCAACUCUAAUUCUAUUCAUAUGGCAAAAAAGGAUCCCUAUAAUCAUAGCUCUGUCUCAUCUGUAGUAGACAGAAGCUCAGAUAACAUAGAGUUUGAUCAGCAGGAUGUCAGUAAUAGAGCUCCGGCCACCAUGUCCAGCAUCACUGUGAAUGAAGGGGACCUGCUGCAACCUGAGAGGAUCCACAACGGAAUUGUAUUCAAUGUUGUGAAGAAGGAAGACCUGAGAUACCAUAGGUGUCACGACUCUAAUAGUCACCAGAGUUCAUCUCAGAGUCCAGUUUCAGAAAGUGUGCAACUUGAGAAUCUAGGCAUGGAAAUGGAUGCUAGUUCAGCAUCUGAAUGCGACGAGGAUGAUGAAACUCUCUGAAACUGCAUCAGUGACAUGGCUUCCCACCACAAUCCCGAGAAUCAUUCUGGCUCAUAUGAUGGCACUUGCAAAGUUAUGGACUGUUGAGAUUGGAGCCUCUCUAUUUGUUUUUGCAAAUUUAGAUACAAGCAUAAGAUGGAUUUUAUUCCAGGAUUGAGCUUAUGAUGAAGUUAAAUUAUUGAGAGCAUUAGGGGAAGCUCCCUUCAUAGAAAAUUUUAAAAUUUACUGAUGUUUGUAUCUCCAAGUCUCAAAACGUUGGAUUUUAGCAGGGUUGCCAAUCAGAGUGGCACCUGAACAGAACAGUCAUAAUAUCUCCAUUG